AUGUCUGACUGUUAAUAUAACUUAGUUUGUUCAUCUUUAUAUACAUGUGAACACAAAGAUAUAUUCCCUCCAAGUAUAAUUGAUAUAAUCGCAUAUGUCCUUUUGCCAAUUUUAGUUGGAAUAGGAAAUGUAGGAGGUUUAGGUGGAGGAAUCAUAAAAGUUCCUUUAUUGAUGAUUUUAAUGAAUUAUUAAUAAAGAAAAGCCACAUUUAUAUCUUAUUGUAUAGUUCUAGGAGGUUGUUUAGCUAAUUCUUUAUUAAUUUUAAGGAAAUAACAUCCUUUGAAAAAAAAACCAUUAAUAGAUUAUAAUAUUAUAAUGAUAAUUAAUCCUAUGGUUAUUUUGGGAACUAAUAUAGGAAUUAUUUUGAAUGUUAUUUUUCCAGAAAUUGUUUCUGGAGUUUUAUUUAUUAUAUUUCUGUGUACUGUAUCACCUUAUUUAUUUAAGAAAGAAAGCUAAUUGAGUAGAGAUAAUGAUUUAGAAAAGGUAAAUAAUUCUUAUAUUAUAUCUGAUGUUAAAGUAGAUAAUAUAGCUUAAUCUUAAAUAAAAAAUAAUGACCCAGGAGAAUUAAAGUGUUUUUUGAUGUAAGAAGAAAGAUAAUAUCCUUUGAAUAAAUUACUUAUUUUAAUGUUUGUUUUUGUAAGUAUUUAAUUUCUGAUUUUUUUAAGAGGAGGGAAAGGCGUGGGGAGUUUUAUAGGGAUAAAAAUUUGUUCGAAUUCUUAUUGGCUUUUAAGUGCAGGGAUUUUAGUUUAUUCAUUAGUCGUUUCUUAUUUUAUUAAGAUUUUUAUUAGUAGGAAUGAAAUUUAGAAAAAGAUGAUUUUUCAAAAAUAUGGGCUUGAAGAAUAUUUUAAGGAUGAUUUUGAUAUUUCGGAUAAUAAAAAAUAUUUUAUUAUUUGGGCUUCUGGUUUAUUAUCUGGAUGUCUUUCAGGAACUUUCGGAUCUGGAGCGGCUUUACUUUUAAUGCCUGUUUUUAUUUCUUAUUAAUUACCACCUAUUAUUGGUUCUGCUGUUUGUGGGUUUAAUUAUUUUUUUAUUGCUUGUGCUUCUAUUAUUUCAGUUUUUAGUGAAUAAUAUUUAACGGCUUAUGAAGUUAUUAUUUAUAGCUUUUUGGCAUUUUUAGGAGGAUUUGUUUGCGCUAGAAUACUAUAUGGGAUUGUGGAGAGGAAAAAAGCUUAACAUAUUGUAGUUUUUAUUGUUGUAAGUUUAGCUGUACUUAAUAUUAUUGGGAAUAUUGUUUAUUUGAUUAAAAAAAAAAAUGAUUAUGGAAUAGAUUCACUUUUAAGUUUUGGGAAUUUUUGUGAACAUUGA